AUGGCUCAACGUUCUCAUGGGCGUGAUUUUGAUACACCUGGUCAGAGCGAAUCAGCAUCGUUAGUAGAAGGGGAGCGCGCUCCGCUGCUGGCUCCCGAUGACCUCGAACGCGGGGGAUCUGUUCAGUACCGCUAUGGCACCCCUACUGAGGGGUUGAGAGAGCGGGGAAAAGCGACCCUUCUUCAGCAAGCUGUGAAUGUGAAGUCGAGUUACCUGGGGGGGCACCAACGUGAACCAACAAGUACAUGGGGUGUCUUCAAGAUGCGUAGCAAGUACUAUGUACCAGCCCUCGAUUGGUUGCCCAAUUAUUCUUUUUCACUCUUCUGGGGCGAUUUUGCAGCAGGCCUGACUGUAGCAUCACUCGUCAUCCCUAUGUCAAUGUCAUAUGCCUCUGGUCUUGCUCGACUCGAUCCUUUGGCAGGUCUUAUUUCGGCUGCUGUCCCAGGACUCAUAUACGCAUUGUUCGGAAGCUCUCGACAGUUAAGUGUUGGUCCUGAAGCGGCUCUCUCUCUGCUCGUAGGGCAAGCAGUAACCCAAGUAUUGCAUGGAGACCCACUGCCAAAGUUCCCAUUCUGUGGGACUUGCUGUAUCAACGAUGAUCACUUUCCAAGGCUCCUCCGCCUGGGAUUCAUUGACGUUGUCCUUAGUCGGGCAUUGCUACGAGGAUUCGUCACGGCCGUGGCAGUGUGCCGGGCAGUGAAACGGCGGUUGGCGAAACGUGAGGGCUGGCGCUGGGUUAAAUUCAUCCCCGAAGUGUUUUUGGCCGUAGUCAUUGCGACAGCGUUGUGCGACAAGUUUGAUUGGGACCUUCAAGGGGUUGACAUUCUUGGUUCAGCCUCGAUCAAGAAAGGAGCCAAGCUGUUUGAUUUCCCAGUCAAGCAUGCGAAUCUCAAGUUCCUCAAAGCGACUACUAGCACAGCCGUCUUGAUUUCUGUGGUAGGCUACCUGGACAGUGUCGUAGCAGCUAAACAGAACGCCGCACGUUUUGGGUAUUCGAUCAGCCCCAACCGGGAGCUUGUUGCGCUCGGUGCUGGAAACUUGGUCUCCUCAUUUUUCCCUGGAACUUUACCGGCAUAUGGUGCGAUCACCCGUUCGCGACUCAACGCCGACAUCGGUGGACGUACCCAAAUGGCUUCGAUCUUGAACUCCUGCUUCGUCAUCCUGGCAGUCUUCUUCCUGCUUCCUGCUUUAUACUAUCUUCCUCGCUGUGUGCUUGCGUCCAUUGUGUGCUUGGUUGUCUAUGGGCUGCUGGCGGAGGCUCCAGAGGACGUCGGCUUCUACAUCAAGAUGAGAAGCUGGGUCGAUCUCGCUCUGAUGUUUGUCACCUUUGCGUUCACUCUAUUCUGGAGUGUCGAAGUUGGGGUUGUUGUGAGCGUAACGGUUUCCUUGCUGCUCGUAGUGCACAAGAGCAGCAAAGCUCAUAUCAAGAUUUUGGGUCGGGUUCCUGGGACUGAUAGGUGGAGUGCUAUCGACGAGGAUCCUGACGCGAUCGAAGAUGUACCAGGACUGUUGAUCGUCCGGAUACGCGAGUCGCUCGACUUUGCCAAUACCGGUCAACUCAAAGAGCGUCUCCGUCGCCUAGAACUCUACGGACCGACCAAAGCUCACCCGUCAGAAGCCCCUAGACGAAACAACGCCUCAGUCGUGGUCUUCCAUAUGUCCGACGUUGAAACAAUCGACGCAUCCGCUGUCCAUAUCUUCAAAGAACUGGUCGAGCAGUAUCGUGAACGCGGGGUUCGUACGUUCUUCGCCCACUUGAGGCAAGAACAGAGGGAGAAGUUUGAAAAGGCCGAGAUUAUAGAAAUCGUUGGAGAAGAGCAUAUCACAGAGACUGUGGCCGAUGCUAUGGCUGUGAUCGAGAGAGAGAACAACUCCAGUUAG